CGUCCGCACGUCUAAAGAGCUUGAGGACCUUAUCACAUCUUCUCCGUCGCACCGGCGCACCAGUGCUAUUCUCCGAAAUGCAGCUAGUAGCGGCAGCCAUGCUGUUCUCAACACCCAUAUCAAGAAUAAGUCUUUACCGUACGCCGAAGAUGGAUGGCUUAUCCUCUUCGAUUUAGCAGGGAGUGAGCGCUGCGAAGACUCCAAAGCUCACGAAAAGCAGCGCAUGAAAGAGUCCCACGAGAACAAUGAAAGCUUCAUGAAUCUCAAAGAGUCUGUCCGCGCCAAAACCUAGAUGGCGACUGAAGACGGAUCUGUGUAUAUACCCUGGCGUUCAAAUAAGCUAACCAUGUUGCUGAAACCUAUCUUUGACGUUGAAUCCCGUCAGCCGUCGGAAACCGUCAUCAUUGCGCAUGUCUCCCCGCACAGCUGGGCUAUCAUUCGUAGCACCAACACGCUCUCAUAUGCAACCCCAUUCCGCACAGUACCGGUCAAACUGCGCGGCCUCCUCGCGUAUGAUUUCGAAGACUACGUGGGACCGGGUGCUGACACAUGCAUGGCUAACCAACGAGUUUGCGAAGCGCAUAGCUAAGAAGAAGGGCCAGGCGAGGAAAGCUGCCACUACUUUCGCGUCCCUGGAAGAAUCUACUGAGGGUUUGGAUCUGGGUUUGGAUAUUGACAAAGUAUGUCCUGGGGGGUACACCGCUCGGAGUCUUGGCGCACUGUAUACGACGGAAUCCGUCGAGCGUUGUCUCUCUGCGCAGACCGAAGGGGCUGGAGAUAUGGAACUUCUGAAAAACAGGGCUGCAGAAGUUUAUCGGACAAUUUUUCUAUCCAAUAAUGAGCGCCAAGACUAGGGCCAGGACGCAGACC